CAGAAUCCGAGUGGAAUCCUGAGCAAGUUGCCUCAUGGCUUCGAGAGGUUCAACCAGAAUACGAGGAGGAAUCAAGGCUUUUUCAUGGUGAACAAACAUAAGCUUAAAUUUUGCUAUUUUCUUCGAAUUAAGCUGACUGCGUGAAUGACCGAAUGAAAUCAAAUUCAUUAAUAUUAAUAUUUUAAUCGGUGGUUUUUAGAAGCUGAGAUCUCAGGCAAGGCACUGCCAAUGAUGGAUAGAUCGUGCCUUAAAGACAUCGGAAUAACAUCAAUUGGCAAACAGCUGACUAUUCUAGGCCACAUAAAGCAACUGUUGGGUUAGUAAAUUUCAAUUACCUUUCCUUAUCGUUAUAGUAUUUUUUUUUCACUGCAUGUGAACUUAAUUGUAUUCAGGCAUUCAUAUCAAAAUAGAUCUGAAAAGUGAAACACCAUUGAAUUUUUUGUAAAUAGGAGUUUAAUUUCUUUGAUACUAAGGUUAAUGUAGGAAUAUUUAUGUAUUCACUCAUUUAGUGAGAAUAAUCCCUGACAAUUCAAUAAAUUUUCAGGAAAAGGAGAAUGCCAACCUAAAGAAAGUCGCCAGCCUAAUGUGUCCAUGAAGGGAAAAAUUACCAAGAAAGAUAAAAAUGCUAUGACUUCUGAAGAAAAACAUCUAUAUCACAGCAAGUAAGUAGCAGCUCUGAUGCUUUUCACUUUAUUAAAUGGAAGAGACUACUGAUGAGUAUGCACUCAGCAUUUAUUAUUGAAUCUAUAUUUCAUUCUCAGGAUACAGAUGAUCAGAAAGGAAUGUGAAAAACGGUGGCCUGGAAAUCACAAAAUUUAUUUCAGAAGUAACAAUUCCAAUAGUUACCCAUUGAGGGGCUACUUUGCAAUUUCACAAUAA